AUGGCCGAUUCCAAUGCCGCACCGAAAGCCGCCCGGAACUUUGACAAGACCUUCGAAGAAGAAAAAGCGGCGACGCGAUGUCUGGUUGAUAUGAAGACGAUCCAGUUGAAUGCUGAGGACCUUUACGAUCGCGAAAAGGUCGACCUCGAACAAGUAGAGCUUGAAGAUGUUUGGCAGCUGUUGCACAUCGACCAAGCAGCCUUGACUGGCGAAUCCCUCCCAAUUUCAAAAGCAGUCGGCGAUCAAUGCUUUUCGGGAUCCAUCUGCAAGCAGGGCGAGGCCGAGGGUAUUGUUAGUGCUACCGGUGCAAACACUUUUUUCGGACGAGCAGCCACCCUGGUUGGUGCAGAAAAUGACUCGACUGGACACAUGCAAGCGGUUUUGGCCAAGAUCGGAGGUUUUUGUCUUGUCUCCAUUGGUAUCGCCAUUGCUCUUGAGCUUAUCGUUCUUUACGGGGCAUUCCGCUACUCAUACCGCCGGGGUUUGGACAACAUCCUUGUGUUGCUCAUUGGCGGUAUCCCAAUCGCCAUGCCCACCGUACUAUCAGUCACUCUUGCUGUCGGCGCUCAACAGCUCGCCAAGUACAAGGCCAUUGUCACCCGUAUCACCGCCAUCGAAGAACUUGCGGGUGUCACUAUCCUGUGUUCUGACAAGACCGGCACUCUGACCACGAAUAAGCUCACAAUCGACAAAUCUACCAUCAAGACCUACUCCGAUGUCGGACCGGAAGACGUCUGUGUUCUGGCCUCAUACGCUUCCCGGAUUGAGAACCAGGAUGCUAUUGACGUUUCAAAACAAACGGAGAUAACCUACAUCGAUGUUGCCACUGGGGAAAUGCGCCGAGUUACCAAGGGUAUGACCGGAAAAAUCAUGGACCUUUGCACCUACAACAAGACCGAUGAGAUUGAACACCAGCUGGAAGCCGACGUUGAAGAGUUUGCCCGCCGAGGUUUGCGAGCCCUGGCUGUUGCUUACGAAGAUGUUCCCAGUGGCGACGCCGAAGGACCUGGAAGUGGAUUCCAACUCAUUGGCCUCUUGUCCAUCUUCGACCCUCCUCGUGAUGACACCAAGCAAACCAUCGAUGACGCUGUUAGCCUCGGACUCAAGGUCAAGAUGGUCACCGGUGAUCAACUUGCCAUUGCAAAGGAAACCGGACGACGAUUGGGUUUGGGUGACAACAUGUUUGCGUCCAAGGUGCUUAAAGAGGGCCCCCCACCUGGAAGCAAAUUUUCAUCGGUGGACAGUAUGAUUCUCGAUGCCGAUGGAUUUGCCGGAGUGUACCCCGAGCACAAGUAUGAUAUCGUCAAAAAAUUACAGAGCCUGGGUCACAUGGUUGCUAUGACUGGUGAUGGUGCCAAUGAUGCUCCUGCUCUUGCCCGUGCCAACGUUGGAAUUGCUGUUGAGGGUGCGACUGAUGCUGCCAGAGGAGCCGCCGACAUUGUACUCACCGAGCCCGGUCUAUCGACCAUUGUACACGCCAUCCGGCAGUCGCGAAUUGUCUUCCAGCGGAUGAGGAACUAUUCUAUCUACGCAUGCGCUGUCACCAUCCGGAUCGUCGUUGGCUUUGCCAUCAUGGCUUUUGCCUUCCAGUUUGAUUUUCCCCCCUUCAUGGUCCUGGUCAUUGCUAUCUUGAACGACGGAACUGUCAUGACUAUUUCCCUUGACCGCGUCUUACCAAACAACGAACCUGAUCAUUGGGACCUGGCUGAGAUCUUCACAUACGCCGUUGCAUAUGGCCUUCACCUUGCUUUGUCAACCAUCCUUCUGUUUGUGGUCAUCGUCAACACGACAUUCCUGGAGGACAACUUCGGCCUGUCUCCCUUGAAGGACGCUAAUGACCCACAGUUGCACAUGGUCAUCUACCUUCAAGUCGCUAUUAUCUCUCAAGCUUUAAUCUUUGUCACCCGCUCUCACAGCUGGUUCUUCAUGGAGAGACCCUCUUUGGCAUUGGUUGGCGCGUUUUGCAUUGCUCAAACUGUUGCCUCGUUGUUAGCCGUAUUUGGAACAAUGGAAUUCUCAGCCGUGCAGGCCAUCCCAUUGUCCUGGGUAGGUGUGGCAUGGGCCUGGAACUUGAUCUGGUUCCUCCCAAUGGACCUCAUCAAGUUUGCAACUCGUGCCAUACUCAAGAAGUUCCGAUCCCGACAAUUGAAACCCGCGGCGGUAGAGGCAAACUCGCUGGCCCGUCAAUCUAGUGCCGGUUCCCUCUACAACAACAGGAUGAGUUUCAUUCAACGUGCUGAACACUCGCAAGCGGCCCGACGAUCCCUGCACGGACAAGUCAAGACGAGCGAACGUGAUCUACGCAGAUUUUCUUCGGCCCAAGUUGUCACCUCCGGCGCAGCUCUUAAGCACUCUUGA